CAGGGCUCCACUAACAACCCGAGAGCUGAGAUGUCUUGAGGCACAGCCUCAGUGUAGGAGGAUAUCUGCCCCAACCACUAGAGAGAAAAGGAAGCAAAACCAGGUCAGAUUGCAACAGCCAAUACACUUCCUUCAUGCUCUGCUCUCGGAACAUGGCGACCAGCAGAAAGAAGCUUCACUGUGGAGAGGUGCCCUCGCGGGGGAGGCCUACCACAGUGCAGGCAUGCCACAGAGGGUAGGAGCUCAGGGGACGCAUGGGUUUGCAUGUCUUCAGAGAAGAAUAGCUGCUGUGCGCCCCCAGCCUAUCUGCAGAAGGACUCAUCAGGGGCCAUCAUGGGCUCUGUGAAUUCCAGAGGUCACAAGGCAGAGGCCCAGGUGGUAAUGAUGGGCCUCGACUCCGCUGGCAAGACUACAAUCCUGUACAAACUGAAAGGGAACCAGCUGGUAGACACACUACCCACUGUUGGUUUUAAUGUAGAGCCUCUUGAGGCUCCUGGACAUGUGUCACUGACUCUCUGGGACAUUGGGGGACAGAGCCAACUCAGGGCUACCUGGAAGGACUACCUGGAAGGCACCGACCUCCUUGUGUACGUGCUGGACAGCACAGAUGAAGCCCGCUUGCCUGAGGCAGUGGCUGAGCUCAAGGAAGUCCUGGAAAACCCCAACAUGGCCGGCGUCCCUUUCUUGGUACUGGCCAACAAACAGGAGGCUCCUGAUGCUCUGCCGUUGCUUGAAAUCAGAAACAGGCUGGGCCUGGAAAGGUUCCAAGACCGUUGCUGGGAGCUGCGGGCUUGCAGCGCUCUCACGGGGCAGGGGCUGCAGGAAGCCCUCCAGAGCCUGCUGCACUUGCUGAAGUCCUGCUGAAAUGCGGUAACCUUUGCCUCCAGGCUGGAGCAGGACAGGGAGGGAGCAGGGUCAGCCGGACGCCCUGGGCAGGCAGAGCAGCUUAUCCUUGCUUCUGUGAACAGCAGGAGCCAGCUAAUCAGUGAGUAAGUGAAGCUCGGUUUGCCACAUGAGAAACCACAAUUGUCUCGGACAGGAUAUUUACUUCUCAGGACUUAUUCUCAGUGGCAGUUUAUGCUGAAAAUCAAUGGUCCGUCAAGUAACAACAGUCAGAGGGAAUAUAAAAUCCUUAGAAUUCCCCGUGUAACAGCUCAGUACCAAGUGUCAACUCGUAACAAAGUUGGUGACAUAAUAAUUGAUGUCCAAGUUCACAAAUGAAAAGAGGUUUCAAAACUGCAUCUGAGUGUCACUGGACCUAUGGCUGUCAUCAGGAGUGACUCUUCCUGUUCACCUCUAGCUGUGUUAACAGCAGUGAGGGGCAGGUUUGCUCCCACAGUACUGCUCCCAUGGGGCCCUUGAUCCUCCCAGAAUUCCCCCUGCUCUCCAACUCUGACUAACUCUUCUCUGUCCUACAUCCUCUGUUGUAAAAGGUAAAAUAAAACUCCACUUAUACUCUC